GGAUAUAAGGGUGGCCGGGGCUGCAGGCGGGUACCCUGGAGGGAUUGGUGCUGCGGAGCCGGAACCAUGGUGCUUAACGCGGGUGACAAGGCCAACGUGAAGGCCGUGUGGAACAAGGUGGCCGCCCACGUGGAGGAGUAUGGCGCCGAGACCCUGGAGAGGAUGUUCACCGUCUACCCCCAGACCAAGACCUACUUCCCGCACUUCGACCUGCACCACGGCUCCGCCCAGAUCCGGACCCACGGCAAGAAGGUGCUGACUGCCCUGGGGGAAGCCGUGAACCACAUCGAUGACCUCGCCUCGGCUCUCAGCAAGCUGAGCGACAUACACGCCCAGACCCUGCGCGUGGAUCCCGUCAACUUCAAAUUUCUGAACCACUGCUUCCUGGUGGUCGUGGCCAUCCACCAGCCCAGCGUCUUGACCCCCGAGGUCCACGUCUCCCUGGACAAGUUCCUGAGCGCUGUGGGCACUGUGCUGACCUCCAAGUACCGUUAGGCGGCGGCCUCGGCCGGGCUGGCCUCCGCCAGCCCCUGUGCGCAACCAAGCAGCCCAAUGAUCUGAAAUAAAAGCCGCUGCCUUGCGCUCCA